CGUCCGUGUUGUCUAGAAUAAAUGGUGGUUGUGUUCUACCGACUAUAGAACAACUUGAUAUAGUUAAGUGUAUCAUAGGAAGAGAAGAUUAGAACAGGACAUAAAGAACACCAAAUUACAGUCAUGGAUCCUAUACUUGUUGCGGUUGAUACAGCAUUGUUGCAGCACUUAGAAUACGGAGACAAUCUUAGACGAUUAAGUGACUGUGAUACCGGUUCAGGUUUGGAAUCACAGGAUGCAAUAUUGAUGGAGAUUCUUCAGGAUAUGUGUGUGUUUCAACAUUACUACACAGGCGAUGGAGCCAUUAAUACCCCUGUGUUAGAUAGAGUGUUCUGGGAAACCCUAGAUUUAUCAACACUAAGCAUUACCUUCGUGUCAAAUGGUGCCUACAUCUACGUCAACACUGGAUGUGACGACCUCGGAUCUACCGUGGAACACCAGCAGUUGGUGUCGGACGUUGACCAGUAUGCUGGAUACAUGGAAGAAAUGUUUGUUGUUGGAAAUGUGGUUGCUUUGGAAGCAUCUGACCCAGCUCAAGACUGGAUCAGUCAGCAAAUGGUUAAACCACACGUUAGAGUGUUACAGGACAUGUUAAAAUUCACAGAUGUUCAGAUAAAAGUUGGAUUGGAAAACCUUCGAAGAAGAGGUGAGGAGAUCACCUUUAUGAGCCUGCUGGACACCUUGAUUCUGACUGAGGAUGCUGUGGUUAAUGUUUAUGUUGGGACGAGGAAGUAUGCCUUCUCUGCUGAUGUCAAGCUUGUACUCCAUGAAUGUUUUGAUCAAUACCAGAGAGAACCAACAAUGGCAGAAUUUGAUGAGGAAUGGAAUCGCAUCAAAGGUACUGGCAUAGAACAUUUGAUCAACCUUGUGAACUUGGAGAGAACAAGGGCUGAACAGGCAGAUGUCAGGGCUGACAGGGCACGUGUGGAGAAACUUGAGGCCAUGAGGCAGACUAACACUGCCAUGGAGGACAGGAACGAUGCUCAGCAGGUUAUGAAUGCUGCCAUUGAGGAAAUAAUACAGGCACAAAAUAGGGAAGGUGUUCUAGUGGACAGGAGUGAGAGAGCAGAGGAGGAGAAGAGGAGAGCAGAGGAGGAGAAGAGGAGAGCAGAGGAGGAGAUUGUAGUGAGAAAGAAAAACGAGCAACUGUUAGAGGAGGAGAAGAGGAGAGCAGAGGAGGAGAAGAGGAGAGCAGAGGAGGAGAAUGUAGUGAGAAGGAAAAGGGAGCAGCUGUUAGAGGAGGAGUUAGCAUGUGAAAAGAUGAGAAAGAAAAUUAGAGCAGAGCUAUAUGAACAGGAAAAGAGGAAAUUUGAAGAAGAAAAAGCUAUGAUGGCAGCACAGUUUGAGGAGGAGAGGAGAACUCUUUUGUUACGGAUACAACAAAUAUCAGGAUGUGCACAAGCGUGAUCAGUGUGGAAUGUGUGUUUGUAUGUUUAGUGGUCUGAAUUUGGGUGUAUGCAUGGGUGUGUUCAAAUUCAAAAAGACGGUAUGCUACAUAUACAUGUAGUAGGUUUUGUGUACAUGUGACAGACACUACAGUAAGAUUUGAGUCCAGGGUAAGUAACUGUGUACAGGCUGCAGUCACACCAGCACUUGGAGUCUACGUCAAGCUGAGUUUUAGACAUACCUACUGUAUAAAGGAUAAUUUCCUUGGUGAAUAUAUUUUCAUGCUUUUUGUGGUAUGUGAAACCAUAAUCUCGACAAUCCUGCUGUAACUAUUGAUGUAUGUUUAAGAUAAUAUUCAGAGUACAGAGGGACCAUCAAGACUGACAUACUAGGUCUAACCAUUUUAUUUCAUUAUUACAGCCAGUUACAAAAUUUAUACUGAAACAUUUCAGUGACACUUUCUACCUGAAUACACUUGAUACAAUACAUUUUCUGGAAAAAACACCCACACCUGGCUGUUAGCAAUAACACCAUUUAAGCAAUGAGUGUAUUACUUUUCUUUGGUGUUUAUCAUAAAAAUCAGUUUGUCAAACCAACCCAUACAUCAAGCCUAUACUGAUGUGUAAUGUAUAAUAUAUAGGGGAAAUCUGAGCUCAGGUUAAGGCUGACUGGAAGUGUUGGUGAUACUGAGGCCUAGACUCUGUGUUAAUUUCUGUACUGUACAUGUUUUCUGUGUGAGUGUUUGUAGGAGAGUGAACUCGUCAUUUCAUUGGCUAUAAAUGUGAUAUGAAUGUAGAUUCUACUAGUGUGUCUGAUUGUCAUCUUUUACAUCAUUAUCUGAAUGUGAAUACCUCAUCAAUUAUAUCUUCAUCAUAAUGUAAAUAUUUCAUCAACUAUAUCAUCUACCAGUAAGUGUAAAUAUUUCAUCUAUUACAUCUUCACCAUGUAAAUAUUUCAUCCACUAUACCAUCUACAAGUAGUUGUAAAUAUAUGUAUCAUCUGAGUGUAAAUAUCUUAUCUAUUAUGUCGACUGAGUGAAAUCUCAACUAUUAAAUUAUCAAACUGUAAAUAUCACCUCCUUUACAUCUUCAUUGGAAUGUAAGUAUUUGAUCUGUUACUUCACUCGAGUAUGAUAUUGAUUACAUCAUCAUAUGAGUGUAAAUAUCUAUUAUAUCAUCUGAGUGUAAGCUGAACUACACAGGUAUCUCAGACUGUAAAUUUGGCCUUCUUUACAUAUUCAUUCAAAUGUCAAUAUUUUGUCCAUUAGAUCUUCGUUUAGAUCUUCGUUGGAGGGUAAACUCACCCAUUACUUCAUCAUCUGUAUGAAUAUCUCCUCCAUUACAAGGACAUCAUUAGUUGAGUGUGGAUGUUUAAAUCAUGACAUUGUUGCGUCCAUAUUUUUCCUACCAUGCUGCGAAAAAGUAUAUUAUCUGGAAGUCUAUCAUGAGGUUUUAAUCAUAACAGAUUUCUGUUUAUGCAGAAAAAGGUUAUGAAAUUUAUAUUUUGAUAAAAUAUAAGACGUGAGUUUCAUAAAUCACCUUUUUCGUCCUCAUAUAGUAGUUGUUUGGUAUGAGAGGAAGUCCAUACACAAAGGGAGUUUUUGCAUCAACAUUUUCUUUCAUGACAUUUAAUUUGUUGUGGUGCAGUACAAACUUUGAUAAAGGAAUGUUACUGUAAAAUGGGAAACUUUUUGCCCUGAUAUUAUUUUCUCCUUUUCAACCUUGAAUGAGAGAAGAACACAUUCAACCUGUAGAACUGGGAUCUAUAAAGUUAGCAGUACUGCUCAGUGUGUGUUGACAAAUCUGUUCUAGAAGGCUAAAGAUUGCAAAAGUUUUACAUUUACAGUAGCAAGUCUGUUUAAAUUUAAUUAUCAAUAACAUGUUAUUAUUUUUGUUAUUGAUAUUUCGAAUGGCAGCAGUUAUGAUGUUCUCGACAGUUAAAUAUUCAUGUAGCUCGUCAGCAAUUAGGGCAACACAUGUUAAUUUGUAAAUAUUUUUGUAAUCAUCAUGCAGAUUUCACUGUUUAUAUUUAACUUAAUCAUGUACCUCAACUUGAUUUCAUUGAUAAUUUGUUUCAGUUAAUCAACACUUUCAACUCUGAUUAAAAAGUUUAAAAAAAUAUGAACUGAGGUACUUUGUAUAUUAAUGGAUCAAUUUAUACUGAUCAAUUCAAUUAUAUUU